AUGAGUGCUUCUUCGACGUCUGGUGUGUCUGUACCAGCCAAGACAAGUGGUUCUUCAGGCGCUCAGGAGAUAUUGGGUUGCGACAACAGACAGCAUAAAAGUGCGCAGAUACGACACGGCACGAUCCAAGUACAAGGAUCGACGCUUCAGGCGAUCCAGGCUUCCGAGGACCGAUGGGAGGAGUCUAACCGACUUAAUUGGAUCCGAGAGACAGCGGUGAGGACGGGCGGGUCUACAGAGAGCUUGGGAGGCUUUGGUGCAGAUCCGAGAGGCGAGAUCGGUAGUCGGUAG